AUGGCUGACACGUCUCCCCUUGUUGUCCGUCCUCUGCUCCUAUGGGGUCCCAUCCUUCUCCUCGUGGCGUACUAUCCCACCCUCUUGAUAUAUCGGCUGUUUUUCUCGCCUAUGAGUAAGAUACCGGGCCCAUGGAUCACAAGAAUCUCCGACAUCCCCGAAGCAAACGCGUUGAAGGACAAGCGACGGGCUGAAUGGGCCAGCGAACUCUUUACACGGUACCCAGACUCCGUUGCUGUGAGGACACGCCCAAACGCCGUCUCGUUUAAUCAUCCAGAUGCGGUCAAGGCCAUCUAUGGCCAUGGAAAAGGUGCAGAAGAGUUUGGCAAGUCAAGCUGGUACGAUGCCUUCUCGACGACUGGAGAAUCUAUGUUCUCAACACGCUCCAAAAAGAAUCACGCACGCAAGCGGCGCAUGGUAUCCCACGGCUUCAGCAUGCAGUCUUUGUAUCUUUUCGAGCCCUACGUCGACGCCGUGAUGCAAAUUUUUCUGCAGAAAAUGGACGAAUUUGCGAGAACUCAGCAACCCUUUGACAUUUAUUUCUGGUUCGAGCUCUUCACAAUGGACCUGAUGGGCGAACUUGCCUUUGGUCAAAACUUCGGCGCCAUCCAGGGUGGGCAGCCGGUCAAAUAUUCCAAGCUCGUCGAACUUUCUCAGCGGUUUGCCAAUAUCAGCGGCAUGCUCCCUUUCGGCAAGUACAACGUGAAAAUUCUGAGCAUGGUGCCAUGGCCGUACAUUCAGCAGUUGUACAAAGCGCGACUUGAAUACUUGGAGUAUGCCAGACAGGCACUGGAGAAACGUUUUCAGGAUAACCGCAACCAGGUGCCGCUUGGUGGCAAGCAGAGGCAAGACAUCAUGCAGCGCUUCAUCGAGGCACAGGACCCGGAAACCGGCGGACGAAUGGACUUUCCAGAGCUCAGAGCUGAGGCCUCUUCGUUGAUGGUUGCUGGGGCCAGCACAGGGAGCGUUACCAUGAACUGGAUGACAUAUUAUCUCAGCAAGAACCCAUCGGUGAAGAAUCGCAUCAUUCAUCAGCUCGAAGAGAUGUUCCCGGACAACCUGGACGCCGCGACUCCUCUUCCCUUUUCGAUGUUGAACAAACUGAGCCUCCUUGAAGCCACCGAGAUCGAAUGCUUGCGGAUGCAUCCACCCAUCGGCUACGCCAUGCCACGCAUGACUCCGCCACAGGGAGCCGUCAUCUGCGGCGUUUACGUACCGGGCAACGUCGACGUCGGCGUGCCCGCGGCCACCAUCGGACGCAAUCCCAUCGUCUACCGCGAUCCGAAUACCUGGAAUCCCGACCGCUGGCUGGACGAGAAGGCCGACCUGGCCACCAUGAAGACCUGUUUCCUGGGCUUCGGCUUCGGGAGCAGACAGUGUAUUGGGAGGAACGUGGCCAACCAGUUCAUCAUCAAGAUGAUCGCGACCUUGCUGUUGAGAUACGAUAUUGAACUUGAAGAUCCCAACUUGGUGUUGGGUACGAAAGAGUUCACCAUUGUCAAGCCGGACCGGCCCUACAAUGUCAUCCUGCGGCCGAGGAAGCUCUGA